CGGGGAGGAGAAAGUGGGAAAAUGACUUCUGGGAUGCCCUUCUCUCUCAGCAAGUAAUCAUGCUGGUGUGGCCCAGCACUUUCUCUGCUAGGUUAUCAUAUGUGAAAAGCAACAGUCAGUAAAAAGGCCUUUUCUCUCCCCUGCCUGGAUGCUGAGGCAGCAAUACAGUCCUCUGGGCUAUCAUCACCCUCCUGCAUCAGCUCGAUACAUACAUGAAGGAACACCAGGACUAUGGGACAGAGCUUCACCCUUCUGCUCAUCUUUCUGGGCGUGCAGGUUGUGGCAGGAGCCUUCAAAAUCUGUGCUUUCAACAUACGCAGUUUUGGGAGAGCCAAGGCAGCAAACCGGAGGGUCAUGGGAGCUCUUGUCCAGAUCCUCUCUCGCUGCGAUAUUUCUGCCAUCCAAGAGGUGCGAGACUCCAAGGGUGCAGCUAUUCAGACAUUGCUGCGGGAGCUAAACAGGUAUGAUCCCUCUCAUCACUACAGCCGCCUGGAGAGCAAGAGGCUGGGGCGAGCCAGCUACAAGGAGCAGAAUGUCUUUGUGUAUCGAAUGGAUGUUGUGUCAGUUACUGAUUGGUGCCAGUUUGGGGAUGAGGAUGCCAGCGAAUACAAGGCAUUUGCCCGGGGUCCCUUUGCUGCUCGCUUUCACUCUCCAUACACAGUUAUUCUAGACUUUGUGCUACUUUUACACCACACCAGUCCUCGGGAAGCUGCCCAUGAGCUUGAUCUGCUGUUUGGAGUGUGCACAGAACUGAUGCAACGGUGGAAAACUGAGAAUGUGAUGCUGUUGGGAGAUCUGAAUGCUGCUGGUGCCUACAUCCCAGCAAGUGCUUGGGCUGGGAUCCGCCUGCGCAAUCACCUUGCUUUCCACUGGCUCAUUGGUGACACAGAGGACACCACAGUCAGCCACCGGACCUGCUGUGCCUAUGACAGGAUUAUAGUCCAUGGAGAAGAGCUGCUUGGCGCCAUUGUACCCAGAUCUGCCAAGCCUUUCAACUUCACACAAGCACUUGGACUAUCGGAGGAAGAGGCCCUAGCAGUCAGCGACCACUAUCCUGUAGAGGUGAAUCUUCGGCUUGCUCCUAAAGCCCAGCGAGAGCUCUAAACCGUCAACCAUCCUUCUGGCUAUAGAAGCAAGGGCAAUGGAAGGGCAAAAAG